GCGCUUUUUAUUGCUUUUUGGUAUUAGUUUAUAUUUUAUGUUGGGAUUGUACUCUGUUAAUUUUGUUUGGUGUUUUCUUUUCCAAGUGCUUGACACAGUGACGAUGAUUUAGUGAAACUAUUAUUUUUUAUUUUGGAAAUGAUAGACAAAUUAUUUUAGUGCGCGAUAGACGGCCAGUCUAAGAAUUUUCAAAAUGAGAAUUAAAAUGCCAGCGGUCAGAAUCGCACAAGAUGCAGAUGGAGUGGAAGAGGAUCCCCAUCAAGACAUUCUGACCUGCGGCGUCUGUCAAAAACCUUUCGCCCUCUCUGAUAUUGUCCGUUUUAUUCAACACAAAGUGACAUCCUGCAACAAAGAAAACUUCGGUCAGUGCUAUACCAACAACGAAAAAGAUAGAGAUGGAGACGAGGGAAAUUUACCACUUUCAACUAUUAAUACUAGGAGACCAAGCAUAUCAGCUCCAAUUUCUGGAAAGAAAGCAACUGGGAACAGGGUUCAUACUCCACCACCAGCAUCUCCACGACUACCCGCUCCAGGAGAUUUGUGUGUCGAUGGAGCCGCUUCUUCAACUCCGAAAAGACGAGCUUCCUCACCGCUAACAAGUUCAAGUCCCGAAGAGGAUAUAAAACCUUUAAUCAAACAAGAAAAAAUGGAUAAUACCACUUCUUCCGAAGAAAAUAGUUGUAAACGGUCUCGAACGGAAGUUGCUGAUGCAGAAUCAAAUACGACGCAUAGUGAACCCAGUAAUUACGUCUGUAGUACUUGCAAAGCUCGCUUACAUUCAGCGUGGAGGCUCGUUCAACAUGUACAACACGCACAUGGAAUUAAAAUAUACGUAGAAAGCUCACCCACAAGUUCCAAGAUUAGUAACAGUAAUAAUCAUAGCGGAAGCAGCUCCAGCAGUUCUAGUUCGGGCUGUUCUGCAGGAGCAGUACCACCGCCUCCACCGAAUAUGAGACACCAUUUGCUUCCUCCACCCGAUCUACAUAACCCAUUUGGAGUUGGUGGUUUACUAAGAUUGCCGUUACCACCUUUAAACCAUGGUCCUGUACCUCCAGCUCCACUUUUUUCCCGACCCGAUCAUCACUACAGGAUAGAUCAGUUAGUAAGUGAACAGUUUCGACAUCACGGACUUAAUUUAGCAGCAGCUGCUGCAGCUGUAGCGGCAGGAAAUGUUCCUCCACCACCACAUACUAGUUUUCCGUCUCCGGCUGAAAGAAAUAACGUUAAUAACAUGCCGUCUAGAGACCGAGGAACUCCAAAUCAACCUUUAUCAUUAGAACCCCAGCUGGAUUUUUACUCGCAGCGGUUGAGGCAAUUGGCAGGCACCACCAGCCCGGGAACGGCACAGGCAGGCUCACCGUUACCCCGCAAGCACUCACCGCCUUUUGCGAGUCCCUCCCCUUCCCAAAUGCCGCCAACUUCUAUUCCCAAUAAUACCAGUUCAAGUAGUAAUCACAACAAUAAUAAUUUGAGUAGCAAUAGUAGUAGACCACCUAGCGUUUCUCCACCGACUAAGACGGAUGACCAAAUUUUAAAUACUCCCAGAUCAGCCAGUACUCCACCAGGAAAACCAGGAUCACCUAAAAAUUCAAAUUCUGCAGAUAAUGUUCAUUCUUGUGAUUACUGUGGAAAAAAGUUUCGUUACCAAAAUAACCUUGAAGUUCAUAAAAGAACUCAUACAGGGGAACUCCCAUAUAAAUGUACAGUUUGUGAUCAUGCUUGUGCGCAAAGUUCUAAAUUAAAAAAGCACAUGAAAAUACAUCGAACUCCAGAUGAUAGGAAUAGUAAUGCUGGUUCAGUGGAGACAUUAGAUGGUGAUGAUAGCGAAGAGGAUGAAGAAGUGGAAGACGAGGAAGAAGAUGAGGAAGAUAUGGAGGAAGAAGAAGAAGCGGAAGAUUUAAGUGUUCCUAGCCAAAUUCCAAAAAACCCAACGAGUCCAUCAGCUUCACUAGUUGGUGAACUGAUGGACAAAUUUGGUUUGAGUAAUAUAGCUCAAUAUAGUGAAGCGUAUAAACAAGCUUUACAAGAAUCUAGUACUGCCUUGAAACUUCAGUUUAAUAAAGACAGGGAUAACAAUAACACAAGUUUACUAACUCACCUUAAAAUCAAAGAUGAGUUUGCCAAAGGUUUGUUACCAGUACCACCUCCUCAACCGUUACCUCUUUUUCCUCCAUUUAACGAUACAUUUGAUGCAUCUAAGCGACUGAAAAUGGAAUUAGAAAGAAAUGACUGGUGGUUACCUAGUUUACCAAGGGACAGUAAAGGACUACCUGGUCCCAGUGCAUUACUUCCAAAUCCUUUAAUCAAAAAAGAAUCACGACGUAACGAUACUUGUGAAUAUUGUGGAAAAGUUUUUAAAAAUUGUUCAAAUUUAACGGUACACAGAAGAUCACACACAGGUGAGAAACCUUAUAAAUGUGAACUUUGUUCCUACGCUUGCGCGCAGAGUUCUAAGCUUACACGUCACAUGAAAACGCAUGGUAGAAUCGGUAAAGACGUUUAUAGGUGUCGAUUUUGUGAAAUGCCGUUUUCGGUUCCUUCAACAUUAGAAAAACAUAUGAGAAAAUGUGUAGUCAAUCAAGGUAAGGGUCAUUUGUUAGGCACCAUGCCUAUGCUAUCAGGAGACGAGGAUUCAUCGACGAGCAUAACCUCCAAAGAGGCUGUAUGACUCUUUCCGUGGGGUGGGAUGAGAUUGCCCCCUCCACCUCCCAGUUUAACGUACUAGUCCUAAUGAACUCUUUAGAAGAAUUGUUGUUGUGAACAGUGAUUUUUGCCUCCGUCUGGCCUAAUUUGAUUUUUUGUUGAUAUUUUCUACUAGUUAAAGUCAACCUAAAAUAA